CCUGGCAUACAGUAGAGCGUUAUAUAAAGCCCUAGGAAGCUCUCACAAGUAGCCACACAUUGCAUCCCUCCUCACCUCAUCGUACCAUACCUACUCCAUCUAUUUGCUGUUUGUGUCAUUGAUUUGGGAGUCAACAUCAUGGAUGCUAAGUGUCUCGUGUCUCUCAUGGUGGUUCCCAUGGUUGCGGUGUAUGCCCAGGGACAGGACACCAGGGUGAAGCUGUGUGGGAGAGAGUUUAUCCGUAUGGUGGUCACAUCGUGUGGGAGCCCCAGACUGAAGCGCUCUGCUCCGGACCUUGGACAACACCACGUCAACCACCACAGGGCAAUUCUGAAUUGGCUGAACAGCGACCAAUUUGCCAACCUGAAGACUACAGAGACUGGCAGAGAUGUGGUGAGGCAGAGAGACGACCAGGAAUCCACAGAGAGUGUAACAGAAGACCAGCAGAACCAUCUAGGGUUCCCCAGCACACCUCCACAGGUUAAGGGGGAAAUGGAACCUUCCACCAUCCCUCUGGGGUACACCGUGUCCACCCGUACCCGCCGAGACGUGGGGCCUGCUGGGGUGUGCUGCCGGUCUGGCUGUAACAUGAGCGAGCUGGUCCAGUAUUGCUGAGCUAAAGCUAAUGCUAGGCUAAUGCUAGGCUAGAGAUACAUUUCACAAAUAAUUGUUGGUUAGCCAUUGGAAUGAUGGAAUAGGGUAAAAUCAGGUUUAUUUAAAUUUGUUGGGAUGUUUUUUUGCAGUUGCCAAACCUUUGCAUUAGAGCUAAUGCAGUUGUAACAUUUGUUUUACUGAAAUGUUUGUGUCGUUUUCUUGAUGUCAUGAAUUGUGUGUUAAUUUAAUCAUCAGAAUAGUGUUGUUGAUUGACUUGUGUAAUGACAAAAUCAAGACAAAAAAAUGUUGUUGAAAGAUGAUUUAUUUAUAAUAAUAAUUUAUAUUCUUUAUUAUAUUAAUAUUAUACUUGAUUCUCACCUGCACAAUGAAGGACAACAAAUAAUACCAAAUGUGAGUUGUCAAGAAAUCUUCCUGUUCAUCUUGGAUCACAUUGUAAUAAAGCUUUUGAAGAUCA